CGUGGAAGGAGGCGAGGGCGUCGUCACGGUGGUGUCUGUGGAGGAAGAGAGAGGAAGGAGGCCGCAAAGCUUUUGGCGCCUGGCGACGAACCUGAUUUUACCUUGAAACAGGAAAGUAUUUUAAUCAGAAGAAACAAAUAGUGAACUAAAAAGAACCUAAAUAUGAACCGCAAUAAGGGCAGAUACUUUGAAAAGGCACAUCAGUCCCAGAUGCAUGGUAUCCAUAACUUUCAGCAAAAUUUCAUCCAAACUAUGAAGACAGAUGACAGCUAUGUUGAUGCUUUGGAUCCUGAUAAUCUAUUGCAAUGCCCAUAUGACAAAAAUCAUCAGAUUAGGGCAUGUAGAUAUCCCUACCACCUUGUGAAAUGCCGUAAGAACCAUCCUGAUGUUGUGCAAAAGCUGGUCACGUGCCCAUUUAAUGCUCGUCAUCAUGUUCCCAGAGAAGAGAUCAGCCAACACAUAUCACACUGUGAUGACAAAAGAAGCAUUGAGCAGGACAUCGCACAUGAGCAGACUAACUAUAGAAGAGAAUUUAAUGUCAUACGUUCAUGGCAAUCUCCUCCAUGUGAAGAAGACUGGGACAAAGAUCUGGAAGACUCACCAGGCUCUGCCUUCAUUUGGGGCACCAGCCGUUCUGUAAACAGAUCUGUAUCAAGUACAACACUGGGGUACAAGAACCACCUAGCAUCAUGUCUGCGAGCUCCCAAAUCCUUUCCGAAUAUACUACCAUGGAAGAACAGUGCUGGCAACUGAAGACCGUGACAGGAACUGUCCUUUCCAGUGGCUAUCCAGUCAUCUUUGGGAUCAGUUCUGAGUUAUUACUUAAAGUAGUUGUGAUAAUUCACAGUUUUUAUUUUAGUGUUUUGGGUUUGCUUGUUUCUUCGAACAAGUCAGCAGCUUCCCUUAAGAAAAAAAAUGAAUGAGUUGGACAGAUCUUUUACAAAAAAAAGAUGACAAGUAGGACAAAUUGAUAGUUGACAGAAAAUACUAAAUCCCUUUGAGGCUUCAGGGUACAUACUUUGGUGUGAUGGAGUGGUCAGUAUUACUGUUGGACUUGUUUAACCACUAAAAUCACCAAGCUAUUGUAAUGCACAGUUCUUCCCGCAUUCCUUUGUUCCAUUUGAAUUCUGUCUUGUGCCUUUAAACAAGAUCAGUAAUUGUAUAUUUAGUCAAGUUUUGUUGCCUCCACUACCAAAUCUUUUCACCCAAAUCCUUUUCUUUGUGAUAACAUUUUUUCACAAUUUGUUAUCUGAACAAAAGACUUUCAGAUAGCAUCUGUAAUACUAAUAGAUCAGUGAUCUUGAUAUAUUACUUUCAGAUAGGAAAAAGAUACUGAAACCCUCCCUGAAGUUUCAGUCAUGUACAUUGAGGGCUGGCCAGGGAGUGACAACUGCCAUGUAAGUAGAUCCUGUUUGGUAGAUAAUGUUGAAGAGAGUAACAUCCUUUGUGUAGUCCUUUCCGAUAGCAUUGGCUCUCAUCUCCUGGAAAGCAUAUGAUGAAUUGAACUAUUGGGAUCAGCCUAUGCAUUUGAGAUUUCUUAAAUGUUCUUCCAUGUAGGAGUUAUUCACACAACUUGGAGAACAUUUGAAAGACACCCAAAGUGAGAUGGAAUCAUUUGACAUGUAAUCAAAUAGUUCUAUUUUAUGCAGUCUCUGACCUAUUCCUCUGAUACCUGUGAUCCUUUUUGACACAGUAGGAAGCAAGUUACUCCACCACUGAUAGUGAAGUGAUUAUCUGUGUUCUACAAACAUGUGUAGAGAGAUGGUAUGGGUGAUGAUGAUGAGAGAUGAUAUCUCUCUAGAUGACAUUUUAUUCAGGAAACAGAUUGAAGUGUUGCUCCUUCUACACUGCCAUAUAAAAUGCAGAUUAUCUGCUUUGAAGUGGAUUAUCUGGCAGUGUAGACUAAUAUAAUCUGAUUAAUAAUCUGGAUUAUAUGGCAUUGUAGAAGGGGCCUUAAUGAAGAAGUAAUUCUUCAAUCUGUUCCCUGACUAAAAUGCUGUCAUAACUUGUGACGUGUAGCAAACAUUACUGGUCUUUGCCACAUCCUCUUUCAUGUCAUGUCAGUAUUUAAAUUCUUGUAGAGUUUAACUAACCCAAUGCCCUCCAGCUGUGUUGGACUGCAGUUGCCGUAUGUACUAGCCAGUAUGGUCAGUGGUCAGGAAUUGUGAGAAUUGUCUGGAAGGAUUCGUAAGGGCAACUGGAUGCCUAACCCUCGCCUAGUUGGCAAUGCAUGGUAAUAAUCUAAUAACAAAAAUUAACACAUUGGUGGUGAUUUUGAUUAUUCUCAAUUUAAAAAUGCCCAGACUCCAUUCAUUUCUUUACUGUAUUCAAUAAAAUGUUGGCUAAUGGAGUUUGGUUAGUGAUUGUCACUCUGGCCUAUGUGUCAAUUACAUCGGUAGAAGAGACACACUUCCUUUUUGAAUUAAAAUGAAAAGUUUAUUUGAAGAAUGUUGUGCUUCAUCACGCUUUCUGGUUGUCAAGAUGAACCCCCAAGCACUUACAAUAUGUUUUUUUUAAUACUCUUUGUUAAAUCUUUCUUUGGCCAUUCUUAUUCUAGAUGCUGAAGAAUACUUAGUUGUGUUCUCCCCGCUCCCUUUUUUCUUUCUGUUAAAACCAAGUUAAAUCUUAAACGUAUUAAAAAAAAACAGUUAAUUAAAAUAUAUCUGAAUAAAAAAUUAUAUUGACUGUUUUAUCAUUGAAGUUCAAGAAACACUGUUACAAUGAACAUUUCAGAAAUACUUGCAUCAA